UGUGACGCAAAUGCUCCCAGUCAACAGCGGAGGCCCCACCCUUUGUGUUACCUACCGCCCGUCAAUCAAAAUAGAAAAAAAUCAGACACUUAUCACUAAUUUCCACGCGUAUACAAUCAGUGUAAUCUCUUGAUCAUGUCCGGUGGCUUGUGACUAUCAAGACUCUCCGUUUUAGGACAAGUCACGCAAUGACUGCCCCAGAACAGCCAAUGAAAGCGGAUGAUAUGGCUGCCUUAGACGUGGACAGCAGUAAGAGCGACUUUUUGCAGCAGGAGGAAGGCAGGGGCAAUCAGAUCUCAGAUCCAUCUACGCAGCUUACUGGGACAGAGAAAUGGGAGGUGUUAACCCCCACAACAGCAGCAAAAGAUGAGUCUGGAAUAGUACAGAUCCAAAGUCAAGGGAUAUUAACGUCAAAUGGGCAGUAUGUUCUUCCUAUCCAGAACUUACAGGGUCAGCCAAUCUUUGUGACGUCAGGAACGGACGACUCCUCUGCCAAUUCAGUGCCUAACAUUCAGUACCAAGUAAUUCCUCAGAUUCAAACAGCAGAUGGACAGCUGAGCUUCUCCACGGCCAGUGUGGAAGGACCAACCCUGACUCAGGAUGCUACGGGACACAUUCAGAUCUUGCCUGAUGGUAGCCAGAGUCUCAGUGUGACAUCAACUGCAAACAUCCUUAACAACAACCAGAACCUCAUUUCACAGACUGCUAACAUCCAGCAGAUCCAGGGGGUUUCUAUUGGCAGCUCCACCUUCAACAACCAGGGCCAGGUUGUUACUAAUGUGCCUGUGGGUUUGCCCGGGAACAUUACCUUUGUUCCUGUUAACAGCGUAGACUUGGACUCCCUUGGCUUGUCUGGUGCUCAAACUAUAGCAACAGGGGUCACUGCUGAUGGCCAGCUAAUUAUGGCAAGUCAGCCUGUGGAUGGCUCUGAGAGUCUGGCUAAGACAGAUGACCACCUCUCACAGACACUACCAGUAAAUGACUCGAAUGCAAAUCCUGAGAUAUUUGUGCCAACGUCUUCCUCUCUACACAUUACAGCAAGCGAAGCAGGUCUGCUAACCCAGAACACUUCAUUACCAUCAGUGGCUACGGAGCAAGCCAACCCAAGUUCUGGUCUCCAAGAAGGCUUCGUCCAGCAAAAUCAGGAGCUAAAUGUCCAUGCGUCAUCAGCUCAGCCAAUCAUCCAGCUGCAGCAGGUUCCUGUUCAGACCACCAACGGACAGGUGGUGCAGUCAGUGGCGGCAGGUGGGCAGAGUCUGCAAAAUGUGCAACUGAUCAACCCGGGAACCUUCAUCAUCCAAGCUCAGACAGUUACGCCAUCAGGUCAGAUACAGUGGCAGACCUUUCAAGUGCAAGGAGUGCAGAACCUCCAGAAUCUCCAGCUGCCCACCACACCGCCCCAGCAGAUAACUCUUGCUCCAGUCCAGACCCUGUCCCUGGGUAACAUCAGCACAGGACAGAUCCCCAACCUGCAGACAGUCACAGUCAAUUCAGUGGCCCAGCAGGAAGGAGACACCGAUCACCCUGCAGAUAUUCAGAUCAAGGAAGAGCCAGACUCUGGAGAAUGGCAACUUAGCACUGAUUCUACCCUGAACACGAGCGAUCUGUCCCACCUCCGAGUCAGACUGGUGGAUGAGGAGGAUCAGCUUGGCCAAGAGGGCAAGAGGCUGCGCAGAGUGGCAUGUACCUGCCCUAAUUGCAGAGAGUCGGGUGGCAGAGGAUCUAGCAUGGGGAAAAAGAAGCAGCACAUCUGCCACAUCGCGGGCUGUGGGAAAGUAUACGGAAAGACAUCGCACCUGCGAGCACACCUGCGCUGGCAUUCAGGGGAGCGACCUUUUGUUUGCAGCUGGAUGUUCUGUGGGAAGAGGUUCACACGCAGCGAUGAGCUGCAGAGGCACAGGAGAACACACACAGGAGAGAAGAAGUUUGUCUGCCCAGAAUGUUCCAAGCGCUUCAUGCGGAGCGACCACCUGGCGAAGCACAUUAAAACUCAUCAGAACAAAAAAGGCGUGAACUCUGGCAGCGCCGUGGUGGCCUCGAUGGAAUCCGCAGGGUCCUCAGACAGUAUCAUCACCACGGCAGGCACCACCCUCAUCCUCACCAACAUCCAGCAGGGCUCCAGCAACGCCCAGGACAUCCUAGCCAACGCAGAGAUCCCACUCCAGCUCGUCACCACAGUAGCGGCCAGCGAAGUCAUGGAGUGAUUUACACUCCGCUUAUGAACUUCUGCGACCUCCCUCAUACUGUAUACUCCUACCUGCAUUUUUAUUCACGUUUUGAAGGAAAAAACUAAAAUUAUAAAUAUAUAAAUAUAUAUAUUUUAACACAGAAAUAGUCAGUCCGUGUCCAUCCUCAGCGCAUACUGAGAGAAAACAAGCAAAGGUGGAAAAAGACAUUGCAGUAAACACACAAGGAAAUGCCUUAUUUUGUACAAUACUGUGUAGUUGAAAAAUGUAGGAUUCCACUUUCUUUUAAAAUUUACUUAUUUGUUAAUAAUGUGAUUUUCAUGAAAAUGAUUGGUAAGUUGAGCAGUCUCUUUUCUCCUCACCUUUUGUUGAUGGUGUAUUUUG